AUGAGGAAUCUCUCAGUGGUGACUCAGUUUGUCCUGAUGGGCAUUCCAUACACACAGAGUGCCCUGUUUAUGUCUUUCUACAUCUUCACUUUGCUGGGAAACCUGCUCAUACUCCACACAAUUAUGUCCUCCACUCAGCUUCACAUUCCCUUGUACUUCUUCUUUUGCCAUCUGUCCAUGUGUGACAUAUUUUUCCCUUCAGUGACUUCUCCCAAGAUGCUUUUCUACCUCUCAGGAAACAGCCAAACCAUCUCCUAUGCUGUAUAUGCCAAUUUCUUCUACCAUUUCCUGGGUUGUAUUGAAGGUUUUCUGUACACAGAGAUGGGCUAUGACUGCUUUGUAGCCAUAUGCUACCCUCUAAGGUAUAGAAUAAUCAUGAACAACAAAGUAUGUGCCAUUCUUGCUAUGGGGACAUCAUUUUUUGCUCGCAUUCAGGCUACAUUUUUAACCACUGUCACUUUUCAGUUACUCUACUGUGGUCCCAAUGAAGUGGCCUAUUCUUCCUGUGAUAUGCUAGUGUUGUUGAAGCUGCCUUGUGCAGACAAAUCAGCCCAGGAAAUGGUGAGUUUCAUAAAUGUGGACCUCAUGCCUCUCAGCUGCUUCUUAUUCAUCCUCAUGUCCUACAGCUGUAUAGUCUAUUCCAUCCUGAAGAUCCUCUCUGCUGAAUGUAGACACAAAGCCUUCUCUACCAGCAUUGUCCACAUCACUGCCAUCCUGCUUUUAUUUAUCCCAGUGGUGCUCAUAUACCUCAGGCCAACAUCAAGACCUUGUUUAGAUGCAGCCAUUCAAGUUUUUAACAGCCUGGUUAUCCCCAUGCUGAAUCCUUUGAUCUAUAGCUUGAGGAAUAAGGAAGUAAAAGGUUCUUUAAAGAAAGUGCAUAACUGGGUACUGAUAUGCUCCUAA